CUGGGGAUAUCCCUUACAUUUCGAGGAAAUUGAGCAUAUAUAGUGGGUUAGGGGUCCACUGUGGUGUCUUGAACUUCCAACCAAAGUUGGUUUCCUGUCUUGAUCUACCACCGGUCAACAUCCGAGAUACACCAAGUACCAAGUACCCGAUGUCAACAAACGCCCCGCGUCCCGAGGAGCGUCCGAUCCUGGGCGAGUCCUGGGUCGUAGCGUCAAGCCAACCGAAGGAGGAAGAGCAGACCAUUCUACAGACAGCGUCGCCAUCCAAAACCAAUACCUCCGAGCAGAGCCCCCGUCGCAAAAGCGAAAAGCGCAGCAAGGACCGCAAUGGCUCAGACUCGCUGGCAACCUCAGCGUCCUCACUCUCGGGGCCAGAAUUGAUCAUGCCCUCGAUAUACGAGGCGCCUAUCUCGGAGGGAUCAUGGGUUGCGCCCGUCGUACGGUCGAAAGGGCAGCUCAAACAGCGACACCAACGGCCAACACAAGAGACCAAGCGGGACAGCCAGGCCCAUACUACGACCCCCAAGAAGGACCAGGAACAGCCUACAGCAUCAAACAACCCGCGCAAGACAAGCGCAUCGAGUCCCCAACCCACCUCGCAACUCCUAACCACCCUCCGCCACCUCCUCAACGCCCUCCUCAUCCUCGCAAUCGCCCAUCUCCUCAUCCUCCCCGAACUCACCCAACAAUACCAAUCCCUGUGCAACAUCCCCGCAAUCCCAACCCUCUACCCAACCAGCUGCACCCCGCGCUUCCCCCAACCCCCCACCUCGCAACCCCCCCACGACCCCAUCCAAAACGCCCAGGCCUCCCUCGAAAUCCUCUUCAACACCACCCUCCAAGAGAUGUCCCCCCUCAGCCCGAGCCUCAAACAAGCCGAGACCAAGCUCCGCGCCGUCCAGUCCGCCCUGAAAGCCGCCUACCCAGGCACCAAGCACGAGCUGGAUCUCGAAUUCGACGGCUGCUGGACGGCAACAAGAACCGCAGCCUGGAAGUUCGACUCCCUGCAAGCGGAUAUCCGCUCCGCUGUCGACAAUCUCGUAGUAACGGGCGCCGCCUCGGCAGCCAGCAGCGACAACGGCGCGCAGCCCUCCGACGUGCGUCUGUCGCUAACGCAGAUGUCGCGCCGCGAGCAGUACCUCGACCAACUGACCGCACGCAUGCAAUCCAAGGCAGAGGCGCUAUCCAACGAUCUAGCGCGCCUAGACGACCAUAUCAAGUCAAUCGAUGCCAUCGUCAACAGAGAAACAGGCCGUACUCCACCAACAGGCUCCUCCAGCCCAUCAGGCAGCAUCAAAAGUCUCCUCAACUCCAUCAUCCCCAGCGGCGCCCUCGGAACCUUCCUCUCAUCCACCGACAGCAACCAGGAAAAAUCAGCCCCAUCAUCCCUCCUAAAAUCAUUCCGCGAGGCCGCUGCACAGCACGAGCCCGUGUCAAUCGUCGUCGACAACCUUUCUUACCGGUUACAUGCGUAUCAGCAGAAGAAGGGAAACAUCAUUUAAUCAGUAUUUCCUUUUUCAUUCUGUUAUUUUUUCUGUGGAUAACCUGCCACGUCACACAACGGUUAACAUGAUGAAUAUGAACGAUCAACGGCUUUGGCUUACCGCGUGGCGUUUGGACGUGUCGAUGUGAUUAGCAUUAUUUUAUUUAUUUACGAAAGCUCUGGUGGCGAUCAUACAUGCAUAUGCU